UCGUGUUUGAUUCGUCAUCUAAAUUUACCCAUUUUAAAAUGCAAACUAGAACAGUGUAAUGGAAUCUUUUCUAAAGAAACUAGGUGCGAAACCCAUAAAACAAACGCGUUUUCCCGAAGCUGACCCACAAGAACUCGUUCUAGCAGACGAACAAGAUUCAUUGUCAGCCGAAUUUUCAGGACAUCUCGAUCUGUCAAUCGGGGAUGAUGAAAGUACAAAAAAUGCUCUCACUGUACAGAACGAUGCCAAAGCUCCACAUGUAAUUCCAUUCGAAGGAGACAAAGAUGGUGGCGGCACGCAGGUUCAUUUUGAAGUAACGUCAGCAGAUGUUGUCCAAGACCAAAGAUCCAGCUAUGUGGUGUACACUAUUCUGAUUGCCAGCCAUCACCAUGGUGUGGAGAAAGUUCCGACACAAGUGGAGAAGAGAUACUCCGACUUUGCAGUGCUCAACGAUAGACUGAGAAAGGCGUUUCCACGUCAGAUGAGUGAUAUAGCCUUCCCCAAAAAGGUCCUUCUGGGCAAUUUCAGCAGUCGGACUAUAGCAAGGAGAAGCCGAGCUUUCGAACAGUAUCUUUUCCACAUAUUUUCUAUAUACCAGUUGAGAUAUUCUGAAGAGUUUGCCGAUUUUUUCUUCCAGUCUGAGUUUAGAGCUGCGUCGGCGUUUCUCUGCGAAGAACAAUACUCACAAGCAAUUCCACUGUUUGAGAAAUGUCUGCCCAUCGCCGAGAAGUUGAUAGGAGGCAGGCAUCGGAAAGUGGUUUUCAUCUUGUGUGCUCUUAUCGUGUGUUAUCAUUCCCUGGAGAAUCUGGUGUCUGCGUGCAGAUACGCGGAGUUUGCGUUGAUAUGUCAGCAUGAAAACGUGAACAGUGAUCUUUGUAUAUCGGUAGUAAAGCUUUACGUGCGCCUCUGUUGGUCACUGGGAAAGGAUAAGCAAGAUUUGGAAAAAAGACUUGAACAAUACAAAUGGAAGAACAUCGACAUUGAUAGAGUACCCGAUUUGAAGGAGGUUGUUAAACAACAGUGUCUGUUUGGAUGCGUGUGAAAUCAAAGUCUUCGCCUGUGUCGGAUAUUCUUUUGAAGGGCUCUAUAUGAGCAAGAUCUGAUUUCGUUUUAACUUGGUUUACAUGUGUAUUUACAUUUAAAGGUGUAAUCAAGCUGUCCUGGGCAAACAUCUUAGGCUCCAUAAAACGAAAUCAUUAGUUUAUCAUCCCCGAAUACAUGGCAGAUCAGCAUUACAUUAGUUUUUUUCUUUUUCUAAGAAAAGAUAACCCCCUUGAUGCAUGCAAAUCCAGUGAUAAAAACCGCAGAAGCAUCAAGCACCCAGUUUCAUUAGUUCCCUACCGGUCAAUGCCUCCAGAAUGUUUUGUAUAGCUUGAUCAUGUACUUUUACAGAUCAAGUUUGGUUUUCGUGGUGAUUUACCCAGUUUUCGUGAUAGUUAUGACCCUUGAACUUAGGAGAUUCGAAAAUUUGUUUCUGGACUUUUGUUUUUGCAAUGCCUCAAGACAUAGAUCUGAAAUCGAGAAAACUGAGAUCAAGGGCACAAAGUGCCUGAGUUUCUAGGGGAGUUUAUUACCAGUAAACAGAUUUACUACCAAUAAUAUUUUGUUAGUGGACAUGUAUUCCUUUAACAGUAAUCACAGAAUGCUCGUUAUAAUAGAAGGAUGCAAUGUGAUGUCAUUCAGAUUUAAAAAAACCCCACCUAUAUUAAUUAUUAUGCUUUGCCACCUUAUUUUAAAAUCCAAUUCACUGACCUUCACCCCUGUCAACAUAGUUCUGAGUUUUAUAUUUAGCAGGGGUAGUGGGGGGAAAUAUAAUAUUUUUUAAAAAGCCACCUACCCACAUUACAUAUUUUCAAGUGCCCUGGAUGAUAAACUAAUAAUGUUUUUGAUGAGGCCUUGAUUCUCCGACCUGUCUGCCCAGGACAGAGAUUAAUGGUUGGUUGUUAGUGGUUAGUGAGAGCUGUAGGGUUGUUACAUUUCCCUACUGAGUCAUUAGAACUCACUCAGUGUGAGCUGUAGGGUUGUUACAUUUCCCUACUGAGUCGUUAGAACUCAAUCUCAGUGUGAGCUGUAGGGUCGUUACAUUUCCCUACUGAGUCGUUAGAACUCACUCUGAGUGAGAGCUGUAGGGUCGUUACAUUUCCCUACUGAGUCAUUAGAACUCACUCAGUGUGAGCUGUAGGGUCGUUACAUUUCCCUACUGAGUCGUUAGAACUCACUCUCGGUGUGAGCUGUAGGGUCGUUACAUUUCCCUACUGAGUCGUUAGAACUCGAUCUCGGUGUGAGCUGUAGGGUCGUUACAUUUCCCUACUGAGUCGUUAGAACUCGAUCUCGGUGUGAGCUGUAGGGUCGUUACAUUUCCCUACUGAGUCGUUAGAACUCGAUCUCGGUGUGAGCUGUAGGGUUGUUACAUUUCCCUACUGAGUCGUUAGAACUCGCUCUCGGUGAGAGCUGUAGGGUCGUUACAUUUCCCUACUGAGUCGUUAGAACUCGCUCUCGGUGAGAGCUGUAGGGUCGUUACAUUUCCCUACUGAGUCGUUAGAACUCGCUCUCGGUGAGAGCUGUAGGGUCGUUACAUUUCCCUACCGAGUCGUUAGAACUCGCUCUCGGUGAGAGCUGUAGGGUCGUUACAUUUCCCUACCGAGUCGUUAGAACUCGCUCUCGGUGAGAGCUGUAGGGUCGUUACAUUUCCCUACCGAGUCGUUAGAACUCGCUCUCGGUGAGAGCUGUAGGGUCGUUACAUUUCCCUACCGAGUCGUUAGAACUCGCUCUCGGUGAGAGCUGUAGGGUCGUUACAUUUCCCUACCGAGUCGUUAGAACCCGCUCUCGGUGAGAGCUGUAGGGUCGUUACAUUUCCCUACCGAGUCGUUAGAACCCGCUCUCGGUGAGAGCUGUAGGGUCGUUACAUUUCCCUACCGAGUCGUUAGAACUCGCUCUCAGUGAGAGCUGUAGGGUCGUUACAUUUCCCUACCGAGUCGUUAGAACUCGCUCUCAGUGUGAGCUGUAGGGUCGUUACAUUUCCCUACCGAGUCGUUAGAACUCGCUCUCAGUGUGAGCUGUAGGGUCGUUACAUUUCCCUACCGAGUCGUUAGAACUCGCUCUCAGUGUGAGCUGUAGGGUCGUUACAUUUCCCUACCGAGUCAUUAGAACUCACUCUCACACUCUCAGUGAGAGCUGUAGGGUCGUUACAUUUCCCUACUGAGUUAUUAGAACUCGCUCUCAGUGUGAGCUGUAGGGUCAUUACAUUUCCCUACUGAGUCAUUAGAACUCACUCUCAGUGAGAGCUGUAGGGUCAUUACAUUUCCCUACUGAGUUAUUAGAACUCACUCUCACACUCUCAGUGAGAGCUGUAGGGUCGUUACAUUUCCCUACUGAGUUAUUAGAACUCGCUCUCAGUGUGAGCUGUAGGGUCAUUACAUUUCCCUACUGAGUCAUUAGAACUCACUCUCAGUGAGAGCUGUAGGGUCAUUACAUUUCCCUACUGAGUUAUUAGAACUCACUCUCACACUCUCAGUGAGAGCUGUAGGGUCGUUACAUUUCCCUACUGAGUUACUAGAACUCACUCUCAGUGAGAGCUGUAGGGUCAUUACAUUUCCCUACUGAGUUACUAGAACUCACUCUUAGUGUGAGCUGUAGGGUCAUUACAUUUCCCUACUGAGUUAUUAGAACUCACUCUCACACUCUCAGUGAGAGCUGUAGGGUCGUUACAUUUCCCUACUGAGUUACUAGAACUCACUCUCAGUGUGAGCUGUAGGGUCGUUACAUUUCCCUACUGAGUCAUUAGAACUCACUCUCAGUGUGAGCUGUAGGGUCAUUACAUUUCCCUACUGAGUUAUUAGAACUCACUCUCAGUGUGAGCUGUAGGGUCGUUACAUUUCCCUACUGAGUUAUUAGAACUCACUCUUAGUGUGAGCUGUAGGGUCGUUACAUUUCCCUACUGAGUUAUUAGAACUCACUCUUAGUGUGAGCUGAUACCAAAUUUAAAGUUAGCUUACUUAACGAUGCCACUAGAGCACAUUCAUUUGUUGAUCAUCAGCUAUUGGAUGUCAAACAUUUUGUAAUUUUAACAUAUAGUCUUAGAGAGGAAACCCGCUAUA